AUGUUUCAACAACGUGCAAAUGAGGAAGGCUUCCUGUCAGUCAGCAAUAAUAGAGACUUUCGAUUGGCUCUUCCAGGCUUCGGUCGACCACUGGACUUUGCACCACGAGAGCAAAACAUCUAUGGCGUGGAGAGCCGGAGCAUGUUCCCUUCUGCGCUAGAUGACCGAGACAUCGACUAUGGAUUCACCGAUCUGCCUGCUCUGACUCUUCGAGAGAUGGAAAUGGUCAAAACCAUGGAAGAUAUCACGGACAUCCCCCAAUGGUGGAGAAAAAUCCACGAGCCUGGAACUCCCGCGGAGUGGAAAAAAAUGGCCCUCAAAAGCGGUAGAGAUAUCACUAAAAAUAUGGCCAACUGGAUCAUCGAGGAGUUGAAAUAUAAAGCCAUGAUUUACGAGGAAAGCAGCGCAGUAGCGUUGUACAAUGGAGACAUCACCAAAUCCGACACCAACGUGCCUGAUGAUGUUAUGAAAGAACUGAGACGAACGGCCAAAACCUUGGAAUUUGAGGAAGAAGAGCUGCAAUUUUACCACCCGGGCAGCAUGAGCAAACAACGGGAUCUGCUCUCGAUGGCUUUGUACCCGCUCAUUUACGGCAAGAGCCGCAUCCUUACGGACCGUGUCAUCUGUCUUGAUGAUGCACUACGCUACGCUGGCCAGGGCGAAGUUAUCCCGGUCCCCAAAGAGAGCGGAGUCACCAGAGAGGACAUUGCAUGGCGCGUGACUGCUCGAGCUGACAUUCAAGUAAAACCGUACAGCCGGUUGUUCCAAAUCCUCCCGUCGGACUGGGAAUUGGGGGAUGAUGGACGGUGGCAUAUUGCGACCUACAUAAACAACCUCCAUCCAGUAAAGUGCAGGGAUAUCUACAAGGUUAUCGAGGACGCAUUCAACUGUUUGAUCCCGCAAUUCAAUAUGUCCAUGACGCCGCUGAAAGAUAUGCUCCAUUCCCGUGCGCGCAUUGAAUACCAAAAAGCCGAAUACUACCCAGUCUCGAAGGAAGUGGCCGAUUCGGAGCCAAAGAUCGAGACUAAGGAGGCACAGAGCGAGUUCAAUGAGCGGUACGAGAAGUGGAGAAUGGAGAAUUAUAUCGCGGUUCAACCUGAUGCCUGCCAAUUCAUUCCUUGGGCUGUCCCUAAAUGCCUGAUGUCCAAACUACCAGAAGAUCUACCCAGCGCGGUGCGCAUCGAGCAACCCGUCAAUCUCAACGAGGACUAUAAAGAGCGCGGACUGCAGGUGAUCACCCGAUUGAUCGGUCUAGACUUGACUCCAGAGGAUCCAUUCUACCAAACAGACUGGCACGUCGAGGGCCAGAUGAACGAGCACAUCUGCGCGGCAGCAUUCGUGCACUUCGACGCCGACAACAUGAAAGACGCAAGCAUGGAAUUCCGCAACAUAGUCGAUAGGGGUACACUCGAAGAAGUCGAGCAUGAGCCCAACGACUUUAUCUGGCUGAAACAAGUCUUCGGCCUUGAAAACGGCGAGCCAGCCAUCCAACACGUAGGCUCCGUCAAAUGCCCAGUCGGCCGGACUGUAAUCUUUCCCAGUAUAGUGCAGCAUCGGUACACGGGAUUCGAGCUUCUGGACCCGACCAAGACGGGCCAUUUACGCGUACUAGUGUUUUACCUGGUCGACCCGAAUAUCCGGAUUAUUUCAACGGCGAAUGUCCCGCCUCAAAGACUGGAUUGGACACUUGAUAUCAAGGAUGAUGGGGGGAACCUCACCGCUACGAUGGCGAAAUUGGCGCUUGAUAACAAAAACGAAAAGGGGAAUAUGCCUAUGUCUUUGAGUGAAGCGCAGGAAUACAGGGUUGAGGCUUUGGAAGAGUUGGUUGAGUUCAUGCGGUAUCAGCAUGUUGCUUUCGAGUCUAAUAUACUGAUGCUGUAA